GGGAGGCGCACGCGGUCUGCCGCGAGCCGGGCGCCGGCCCAAAAUUCAAAUAUGUAAUAGUGACCGUUAAAACUACGGGUUUAAAACUUAGUUGCGUACAAAUAAUCGAGUAUCAUAGAUAGUUGUACUGAUCGUUAUAGUAUGUGAAUCGAUAUUUUUUCUGAAUUUUUAAUAUUGCAGUGCGGCAGUGGCGUGUUUCGGAACAAAUGCGAGUGAAAACUGCUACCCUUUAAUUUUGAUACAGCAACCUGUUGACUGCCAGCAAUGCCACCACACACGACGUGCCGAACAGAAGAUGAUUAUAUAGAGGUUAUGUGGAGAAGAGGACAAAGCCGAUCCCCAUAGCGUUGUAUAGAUCUGUUCUUUGCAAGGGCCGAAGGCGUUGCAAAGAUGAAUCUCCUGAACAUGGACGCGGAGAAUCGCGUGGUUCUCAACGUAGGCGGUAUUCGCCACGAAACCUACAAAGCUACGCUGAAGAAGAUCCCCGCGACGCGGUUGUCGCGGCUGACGGAGGCGCUUGCCAACUACGACCCCGUCCUAAACGAGUACUUCUUCGACAGGCACCCUGGGGUCUUCGCGCAGGUCCUCAACUAUUACAGGACGGGCAAGCUCCACUAUCCAACGGACGUCUGCGGGCCACUGUUCGAAGAGGAGCUGGAGUUCUGGGGCCUGGAUGCCAACCAGGUGGAGCCUUGCUGCUGGAUGACGUAUACCCAGCAUCGAGACACCCAAGAGACCCUAGCCGUCCUGGACCGGCUGGACCUGGACACAGAGAAGCCGUCUGAUGAGGAGGUGGCUCGCAAGUUCGGCUUCGAAGAGGACUACUAUAACGGCACGGUGUCCUGGUGGCAGCAGCUGAAGCCCCAGAUGUGGUCGUUGUUUGAUGAGCCUUAUAGUUCUAAUGCUGCUAAGAUAAUCGGAGUGAUAUCAGUUUUCUUCAUAUGCGUCUCCAUCAUAUCGUUCUGUCUCAAAACGCACCCGGACAUGAGAGUUCCCGUGAUACGGAACUACACAGUGACGACCGCGAACCAGACGCAAAGCUGGGCGUUGGACAAAGUGCAGACCAACGCCCACGUCGCCUUCUUCUACAUAGAAUGCGUUUGCAACGCGUGGUUCACGCUCGAGAUCCUCGUGCGCUUCAUCUCGUCCCCCAACAAAUGCGAAUUCAUCAAAUCCUCCGUCAACAUCAUAGACUACAUUGCCACCAUGAGUUUCUACAUCGACCUAAUCCUCCAGAAGUACGCGUCCCACGUCGAGAACGCGGACAUCCUCGAGUUCUUCUCGAUCAUUCGGAUCAUGAGACUGUUCAAAUUGACCAGGCACUCGUCUGGCUUGAAGAUCCUCAUACAGACUUUCAGGGCGUCAGCCAAAGAGCUGACCCUAUUAGUGUUUUUCCUAGUGCUCGGUAUAGUUAUAUUCGCGAGUUUGGUGUAUUACGCGGAGAGGAUUCAGACGAAUCCUCACAAUGACUUUAACAGCAUACCGCUCGGUUUGUGGUGGGCGCUGGUUACCAUGACGACGGUGGGGUACGGAGACAUGGCUCCGAAGACCUACGUCGGAAUGUUCGUGGGCGCUUUAUGCGCUUUGGCUGGUGUGCUAACAAUAGCUCUGCCAGUGCCAGUAAUAGUAUCGAAUUUUGCGAUGUACUACUCACACACGCAAGCGAGAGCUAAGCUGCCGAAGAAGCGGCGGAGGGUCAUCAAUGUGGAACCCACCAGGCCGCCAUUACGAGCGCCUGGAGCGCCCGGAGGCCCCGCGGGCCCCAUGGCCCCCGGGAUGGGGCCCCAAGCUGUGAACAGAAGAAUGAAUGCUAUAAAAACUAAUCACCCUAAGGACAUAAUGGGACCUAACAUGGUCGCAAGCCUAAUGCCAGGUGUGGACUUAGCUGUAGCCACGCGUUUGUCCCCAAGCCCCCGCGACAUGAGCCCCGCUCUAGCGAUCGCGAUCCCAAUGAUGAAAUCCGUCAAUCUAGUACCAGCACAAUGCUUCGAUAACAUGGCUUAUCACAGCGAAAAAUCUGAAGAUAAAUCUAAAGACGAUCCGACCAUCGAGGAAGCUGAUAAAAAUGAAUAUAGUGAUAAGAACGACGACAAAUCAGAUGUAAGGACACCGUUAUUACGAGAUCAUAAAAUCGAAUCGCUCGAUGAAACGAAACUAAGGGACACUAAAGUGGAGAAGCGAAAAUCGUCUGCCUCGACGUAACAACGUCACAAUUCUAAAUUAAUUAAUCUUAUAUUAAGCAUCAUUAAUUGCAUAAUCAUGACCAAUAAUAGAUUUAUAAUUUUAUCUAACAAGUGAUUACAUUUAAUUGUACAAAUUGAAAUAAAUUUGAAACACCAAUAUCAUUAAGGUGAUAAAGGAUACUGAAUAAGAAUUAUCUUUAAAGAGCUAUUAACAUUCUAGACGAGUCAUUCGAGUCGUUAAAUUUAUCUUUUGUAUAUUUCGUGAAUUAUUUCAUUUAUUAUUUCUCUUCUAUUUAUUUAAGAGUCAAUAAAAUUGAAAAUGUACAAAAUUGAGUACUCUAUUGUAUGCAAAUGGCAUACUAGACUGUUAUUAGUGAGAAAUAUAUUAGAUCAGGUGACGUAAAGGGAAGAAUGCAUAGUUAACCCGGUGUAAUCAAAAUUAUAUAAAAAUGUAAUGGAAUACUAUUAACCAGUUUCACUAUGCCACUAAUGUUUUACUAGUAGGUAAUCUAUGUAGCCAAGCAAAUAGAUUAGAUGCCUUAUGGAACCUCUGUGUGACAGACGUCUAACAUAUUAUCUGAAAAAAUGGAAAGAAUGUGUACAAGAUAAGUUUAAUUUUACAGAAAAAGCUUUUAUAAGUCCCAACAAAAAUCGAAUAUAGUUUUGUUAGCAAAUUCGAAUUCAUUAUGGUUUUAAUUCUAUUGUGUUUAAGAAUACUUAACAUCAUGAUGAAAUAUGUCUAUAUGUAUAUAAUCUGUGUCGUUUGUCCACAGACUUAACAAAAAGACGUUUGUACCACAAAGAUUUCAAUCCGUCAAGUAUUUAUUAUUAGUUCUUAUCAAUUAACUGUAUUUCAGAUAUGUUAAUUUAUUUCUUUGAUUGUAAAUUUUAAUUUAAACUACUUAAGCAUGACUGAUGACAUAGACAACCAAGUUCGACUCCUGGCGUUGCAUUAUUAGAACAUUCCAAUUGGAAUUUCUCAUAAACAGCCCAGAGGUUGGAAUUGUGUGGAAAUUAUGGCAAAUGGCACACCCUGUCACGAGGGGCUUAAAUAUAACUAAAUUGGUCUACUAAAUACAUACCUCGUAUGCGUGGUCUUUAUAUUGAUUUUUUCUAAGUUUAGAAAUAUAUCACUUCAGUGUUAUGAAAAUAUGUCUUUGUGUUAUUAUUUUUAGUGGUAUUUCUUUAACUCCUUGACGGAUAUCUAUAGCUAGCUUCAAAUAAAUGUCUAAUAUACCUAUUCAUAUUUCAGUAGAUUUCCUUACUUGCUUUUAGAGUUCCGUAGUCGAAUGUUAUGACCAUUAGAUAAUAUCUUACUGUACUUACAGUCCAUGAAGAAUAUAUUUAAUAAGUAGUUAAAACAUAUUUUUGAAUUCUACAAUAAGUUUUUACAUUUAUACUCGUUAUUUAAACUAGUUUUCGAAAUAUCCUAAACACUGUUCAAUAAUAUAGAUGAUUACGAUGAUUGCUUAAAAUUGUUCAACUCUACGUGUUCUUCAAAUUAAGGCGAUGUUUUUGUUUAAUCUGUAAUCUUGAAGCGUAAAUUAAUUUAUUUUCAUUUAAAUAAGGUAAUAAUAACAUUGUAAAUAUAAAUAAAUAUUAGAAUAAUUUUAUAUAAUCGUGUUACCUAUUAGACACACAUAUCAUCUGCACGUUAUUUUCUCAGUGUUAUUUUUAUACUUGUACAAUAUAAUAGGUAUUUAAUAUAAGCGGUAGAUAGUUUGAAAAAAAAAAUUAUUCUUAUCAUUAACGAUUUAUUAAACCUGUCCAUGUAGAUAUCGAUUGAACAUGAAAUUGUAAAUUUAAGCCUUUGCAGACAGUUAGCGGUGCGAUGCGUAGCGAAUCACUGCGUAUUCUAUCUUUAUUAACCCUAUAUUACUAUUCAUUAGUAAAAAUACUUGUACAAAAUUUCUAUUUUCAUUUGAUCUACUAUAAUAUAAACUAAAUUGACACACUAUAUUCCUAAACCUGUAUAAAUCAGUACCCCUAUAAACGUAUCAGCUACGCCCGUAGCCAUCCAUUCUAGCUAUUAGCAAUCUGACGUAGGCAUUGUCUACGGGCUACGAGCUACGAGCUACGAAAUUGCUUUCGUAACUGUCUGAAAGGGCCUUUUCGCUUAAACUACGCAAGUUAAUCUAAUUAUUUAACGAUACACCUUCAGCUUUGGAAAUUGGUUAAGAAAUAGUGGUUUAUAAUCUUUUAAUAUGAUGUCUGUCAAAUAAUGUUGCGGAUUUGAUAUUUAAUGUUUAUUUUAUUGAUGUAAUGGGAUGAAAUAUAUUAAAAAAUAUUAAAAGAUUU